GAAAAAUGGCGUCUGCCAAGGGUGGAUUGUUGGCACGUUCCGAUUUUCCUCUGUAUGCUGUCAAAGCCCUUGACGAACGUCAUUUUCUUGUUGCUGGUGGUGGCGGAGCAGCUAAAACAGGCAUCGCUAAUGCAAUUGAAGUGUAUGAAGUGAAGUUUUUAUCAGACAAAGCAGUUGCAGGAAGCAUUUGCAGACAUGACACGGGUACAAAGUCCAUCAUGAAUGGCUGUAAUGUCUAUGAUGGCAGGAACCACAUUUUUGCUGCAGGUUUGGACGAUGAGUGCCACAUUUACUCACUGAAAUACAAGGUUACAUCCCCAGAUAAAAACGAGAAAGGAAGUAAUGAUGUUAGACAGAGGAAAUCAGGAAAUGAGAAUUCAGCCAAUAAAGAAGAAGAAGAAGGAACAAAGCAGAUUCAGUUUGACAUUGAAGAAAUCAAACAAAUUAAAACAGACUUUCACAAGGAAUCAGGUUUUCAAAAAGCUGUGCAGUUUAGCAGAGAUCAUUCCAUACUUGCGACGGGAGGAUCAGAUGGCUAUCUCAGAGUGUGGAAGUAUCCAAGCAUGGAGAAGGUUUUUGAAGUUGCAGCACAUAAGAGUGAUGUAGAUGAUAUUGAUAUCAGUCCUGAUGGUCAAAAAAUUGUGACUGUGUCUAGAGACCAUUGUGGAUUUGUGUGGAAAUCAAAAGACGGCAGCAAAAUUAAAGACCUUAAUGGACCUCAAGAAUACAGAUUCAGGGCAUGCAGAUAUGGAUUAAUAGAAGGAAAGAAGGACAAGUUUAACUUGUACACCAUUAGUAUUCCUGUGAAGAGAUCUCAGAAGCCCCAGCCCUGCUACCUCACCCUGUGGGACAGUGAGUCAUUUCGGUCCAAGGGCAACCAGGAGACAGGGACAGAGGUCUUGUCCAGCCUGGCCCUCAGUGAAGAUGGUGUGUAUGCAGCAGUGGGAACCAUUUCAGGGAGUGUAGCAGUGUAUAUAUCAUUCAGUCUAAAGAAACUCUACUAUGUGAAGGAAGCCCACAGUAUAUUUGUGACAGGCUUGGCUUUCAUGCCCAGUUCUGAGGCAGCCCAAGCCAUUACUGGGAGUCAAGACUUCACACUUCUUAGUAUCUCUGCAGACAACACCAUCCGACUUCACCAAGUGGCCCCACGAGGUUCCUACAGCGCCGCCCUGGUGGUAGUCCUCUUCAUCUGCUUCAUCACACUGAUAUUCUGGCUCAUCUCGGAGCUUGGAUUAUGAUGUAAGAAACGAUUUGUGUCUAGUGUACAUCCAUCCAAUAAAAUCAAUGUGUUAAAACAUCAAUAGGACUAAGGUUAAUGUGCAAUGUUUUGUUGAGGUCUCAGAAACUGUGAUAUCUGUAUGGAGAGCAUCAACUAUUUAUAUAACUAAUACUAACAUCAGAGUCUUAUUGAAUGAAUCUCGUGGGAGAGUUUGUAUCAUGCACCAACAUCAUCUAAGUAGGUUCUUAUUUUUAUUUGUAAGUUUUUUAUGUUCCUUGUUUAUAUGUUGUUAUAUGAAUUUUAAUUGUUAACUACCGGGUAUAUGAUAAUUUUGUUGUUCUGAUUCAACCAUGUUUGUUGAUUAUGUACCGGGGUAUGUCUAAUUUGCAAUUUAACCACUUGUACUCAUACAUUAAGGUUUGUUUAAUACAACAUAAGUGAUUGUACAUCACACACAUGUAUUACCAUGAUGUAAAUUAUGCAUGUACAUUGUAUUACCUGUCGGGCCCAAAGAACUAGGUAAUGUGUUGGUUCUCGGGACCACAGCAUUAAGUCAAAUGCUACCACAUUGAGUUUAUUGCCAUAUUUGAAUAGGGGAACUAUGUAAUUUCUAAUUUAAGUUUCAGUAUGAAAAUUGCAUUAUUCCCCUUUGCAAAUAUAGCAAUAGGUAAAUAUUAAUUACCUGCCUGUCGCAUUAUAUUUAAAAAAAUUUUGGCCAGAGAACCAACAUAAUAUUGCUAUUUUUGGCCUUGUACAAAUCAAACAUAGCAAUGGAUUGAUAAACAUUAGUUUUCAUUUUUUGUUGACAAUUUCACGAGAUGACAUUAUUAUAUCCCACACAACAUAGUUGCAAGGGGUAUAGUGAUUUUAACCCAUCUGUCAGUCAGUUAGUCCUGUUUUUUGUAAGGGAACUCCUUUUAAAAUGCUGCAUUGAAUUUUGUAAAAUUGGUAUUUAGGGCAACGUGUAGAUGUGUAAAUGUCCAUAUGACCAGGAAAUUCUGAUUCCAUUAUUUUUCUUUUGAACUUGGAAUUUUGUUGUUGUUCAUGACAAAAGUACAUGUAUAGAUGUGCAUAUAUGCUGGAAGUUUUGAUAAUUUGGAAUAAUGUUUGGGGAGUUAUGCCCCUGUAUUUAUUUAUCUAGUGUAUGUAAGGCCACACCAAUAUAACUUCUUGUUUGUUUGACCCCGAGCGCUCGUAUUUAAAUUAAACAAUACAAAUUAUAUUACUGUUAAUUUCUCGCAUCCAGAAAAUUCUGCACUGAUUUUUGUUCUAUUUCCACUCUAUUUUUUGCAUUUUAAAUAGUUUUAAUUGAUAAACCAGAAACAAGUAGAAAAAAUAUAACCGUCGCACAAAUUUAUUUAUGUACAAAAAUUAAUAACUUUAUUAUUUAAUUGCUUGCCCGCACGUACCUUUUUUUCACUGGAUGUCUGACGAACAAAAAAUUAUAUUGGUGUGGCCUAAUGUAUACCCAUGUGAAGUAUAGUCAAGUAAUGGGGGAGUGUGGGGUAUGCGAGUUUGCAUACUAUAUUUUUCAUUGUGUCUUGUAUAUUGUAUAAACAAUAUUGUGGUACAGGUCAUGUUAGCUUCCAUCCAAUCUUCUGAAACCCACCCCUUCCCCACUCCAACUCCUAUCUUGCAUUGUUAUUUAUAUAUAUGGAGUAUAGCUUAAUUGUGGGCAUCUCCUUUCUUCUGGUCAAGAAACUGUCUCUAAAUAUCAUUCAUUUUAUCAUAUUUCUCAUUCCUUUUGAAUAUUUUAUUAUACAUGUAAUUAUAUGUAUGCAUGUUUUAAUCAAUUGACAGUAUAAUCUGGGUCAUUUAAACUUCCUCAAAGGUGCUACCGAUUUUGUAAAAUUUAUAACUAAACUAUAAUCAUUAUUUAAAAUAUAGGAUAUUUGUACUUGGUGGUUGGUGCAUUUACAAGAACGUAAAAUAUGAAAAAAGGGGAUAUGGGAAUAUAAUACAUUGUAUACAUAUACUUCAAUGUGUCAACUUGUCCUUGGUAAACACUAUUUUCUUUGAAUAGCAAAUUAAAACUAUCAAUAAAAUGUUAAAAUAGAAACAUAUUUGCUGACAUUUUAAAUUUUCAAAGAUAAAAUUAUUACAUGUUUAAGAAUGAAUGCGAUACAUGUAUCAAGUAGGGUUUAUGAAUAAUUUUUAAAUUACUUGUACAAAGAUUCACAUUUUUGUAUGUGAUUAACAUAUUACACAGCCAUGUAUAUAAAUAUGUUAGUGUAGAAGGCUUUAUGCGACCAAGAUACAAUACACUUAACGACUGUUGAAUGUGUAGAUUCUUUCUUACAUUCCUCUAUUGUUAGUAACAUGCAGUAUUCUCUGACUGUAUACCAAAUUUUAUUUAUUGCUUAUAGUGAAAAAAAAUGCAAUAAAAUUGUUAAAAGUG